AUGGCAACAUCACCAAGGAUGACUCUACAGUCGAACGGGGAUCUCAGUUCCAUCACAAAUGAAAUCGAUGAAAAUGUCCAGAAAUUCUUCCCAUUCAUCCCGAACUCAAUCCAACUCCACACCCACGGCACGAGUAAAUCAGCAGGCACAUUCAAAUUGACCAUCCACCAAUCCUCCUCCGGGAAAACCGCAGACUUCUUCCUCAAAACUGUCCCCGAUAACAUCGGUCAGGCCAUGAUUCGCGGCGAAUUCAGCGGUCUCAACGCCCUCUACGACAUUAAACCUGGUAUCGUGCCUAGACCGAUCGGAUGGGGAACGUACUCGUCCAACCCGGAAAUCCAUUUCUUGCUGAACGAAUUCGUCGAAAUGGACGACAUCAACACCAUCGAGGGGCGAUCCGAAUUCUGCGCCCUGCUUGCAGAACUCCACAAGAUCAGCGCCGGGCGCUCUCCAACGGGCAAGUACGGGUUCGACGUCACGACGUACGCGGGCAUCAUGCACCGCGACAACUCGUGGUGUGACACGUGGGAGGAAUUCUUCUUCCGCGCGAUGCGCAAUGCCGCAGACCAGGAAAAGGAAGUCCAUGGACAGAGUCCCGAGUUGGACGAGUUGGUGCACCAACUGCACGAAAAGGUCAUUCCGAGAUUGCUGAGACCGCUGGCCAAUGGGAAGAAUCCGAUCCAGCCGUGCCUGGUGCAUGGAGAUAUCUGGCGCGGGAAUGUGGCGAUCAAUGGUAGAACCAAGAAGCCGAUUAUGCUGGAUCCGGCGGCAUUUUGGGCACAUCAUGAGUACGAGCUGGGCAAUUCGAACGUAUCUCAGUACAUUUUGGGAUAUGAGUGGAUCCAGGAGUAUCAUAAGCACAUGCCAGUCUCCGAACCGGUGGAAGACUACGAGGGCCGCAGGUUCCUCUACGCUCUGUACGUGACUUGCCACGAUCGAAGCAUUAGGACUGAUGGUUGUAGUCAUGGACAUUUCUGCGCAUCUAUCCUCAAUCCUGAAACCCAGCGGCAUCGAAAUCGGUAA